CGCUCCGCUCCCAUGGCAACAGCGGAGGCCGCGCUUGGAGGACGGGUGGCAGGUCGGCUCCAUGGCCUCCCUGGCCGAGCCCCCCGGCACACGGGCGCACUCCCGCACCCCCGCCCGUUCCCCCGCCCGCUCCCCGGGGCUGUCCCCGGCGCUCGGCCCCUCUCGCAAGGCCGCCUCAGGCGUCGUACAGGAGACACAGGUACGGCCGGUGGAUCUGAACCAUGUCAUCAAGCUGCUGGAAGAUUCAAGCUCUCGCGAUUUGGAAGAUGAGCAGCUGAAAGUCCUCAAGAAGGUAGUCAAGUCUUUUGAAAAUGGGCUUCCCCUUAAGGAUUUAGCACAAAUAAUGGACAUUCUUAACCUGUCUGCAGAAAAAGUGAAAGAAGACGAAGCUUUUAUUGAACCCAUAUGUGAACUUAUUAAAUUAUGUGGCUUGCCAUUUCAAAAGAAGAAAUUAUCUGAUGAAGUAAACUAUUCUGUGACAGUUUCAAAAUGCAUUGCACAACUUGGUUGUUUGAUGAGGGUGCCAAGUUCUCAAGUUAGAAUACAAAUCUGUAAGUCUAUAAUUGGCUUUUAUAAGAUGGAGCUACCAAAAAAACUACUUCCAGGUUACCAACCAACAAGUGCAAACUAUAAGAUUCAGAUGGCUGAAUUAGGAGGAUUAGCAGAAACUCUUGUUUUAUCUCUAGCAUUAGUUGAAAACAAACUUACUGAGAAGUUGUGGGUUCUUAAAGCUCUCCAGCAUCUCUCCACCUCUGGAGUAAAUUGCAGACAUAUGAUGAAGGCUCAAGCAGCCAGCAGAAUCUGUUUGUAUCUAAAUGGCACUGAUCCCUCAGGACAGCUGGUGUUCCGCUCAUCAGAAAUCCUAUGGAACCUACUAGAAAGUACCUCAAAAAAAGAAGUUGUUAAUGAACUCAGUAGCUUGGAAUGUGUACAUGCAUUGAAGGAAGCAUUUGUGGACCUGCUCAUAAAUGGUUUCCGCCAUUGUGAUCAUCAGCUAAGGAACGACCUCCUGGUGAUUGCCACAUUAAUAGCUCAAAACUCUGCAGCAUCUAUGAUUGAAUGUGGAUUUACAAUGCUGUUAAUAGUACUUGCAACGUUUACUGAAGUUAAAAUUCCCAAUCCCUUGUUAAAAGGUCUUAAAUUUACCUACUCUCAUGAAGACUUUGAGAUGAAGAAGUUAUUGUUUAACAUUAUAGGGAUCUUUUCUAAAGACCCUCAUGCUUUACAGCUUCUCAGUGAAAAUGAUGUGAUGCCAGCAUUGCUGUAUUAUGUAAAACCACAUAAAAAGCCUGGACUUCAUGACUGGUCUGCCGCCCAAUAUGAGGAAUUACAACUUCAUGCAAUUGCUAUUUUAGCUUCAGUGGCUCCCUUGUUAGUUGAUAAAUAUUUGUCUUGCCAAGCGAAUACUCUUCUCCUUGUGUUUCUAGAAUGGUGUAUAGGUCAAGAUCCUUUCUUUGGUCAGGGUAACAGUUUCCAUGGAACAGGUGGUCGCGGCAGCAAACUUGCACAAAUGCGCUACAGUCUGAGAGUGCUGAAAUCUGUUGUAUCCCUUUAUGAUGAUGCUGUGAACGUUAAUCUGUGUGACCAGGGAGCGAUUGGCCAGCUUUUGGACGUCCUGAAGUACACAGCAAACAAUUCGGAACAAAGUGAUGAUGCCAUUGUGCUGGAAAUCCAGGCUAAUACAUUAUUUAUUUUGUCUGCCCUCUGUGAAAAUGACGUCCACAGGAAGCAGGAACUCUUCCGCUAUGAUGGAGUGGAUUUACUUAUCUCAUUCAUUCAGAUGGAUCCAAAGAAGCUGCACAGUGGAUUGGGCCACAAUCGUCUCCUUUUCAGUGCACUGGACUGCUUGUGGUCCUGUGUCAUUGGAUGCUACAUUGCAGAGGACUAUUUUCUAGAAAAACAGGGCAUUUUUUUCCUCCUGGAUUUGCUGGCAUUUAAGCAAAAAAACCUGUGCAAUAUAAUUCUUGGGAUCCUCAGUGAGUUUUGUGACAAUCCCAAAACCGUUAUUCACAUCAGUACCUGGAGGGGCGAGAACGAUCAAACAGCAGCUAAACUGCUAAUACAGCUCUGGAGACAGGAGGAAAUGGACCUGGGAGUCCAACGUGAUCGAUACGGAAGGAUUGCUGAUGUGAAGAGUCCUAUUGCUGGCAGCUUCCAGAAAGAGCAGGAGGUUGUCCCUGUGCCUUCCGGCUGUCCCAGCUUUGCAAUCGUGGAGAUUUCAGAAAACAUAAGGGCAAAACUUUACUCAUUGCUGUGCAAGCUAGGUUUUGAUAAUUUGCCUGGUUUGUCUGCUAAGGAUUUUGUCACACUCGCUAUCAUACGGCGGUAUAUUGACUUUAAGGUUGGAGAAGUUUGGAGUGAAGUGUGUGCAGAACUAAAAGAAGAAUUCAGACCUACUGGUUCAGAUGAGGAGAUCCUGAAAGUUAUUUCAGAGGUGUCAGAAAAUGUUGGAAAAAUGGUCACAGCUUACCAGACUGAAGUGCUUGAAAAUCAUCAUCACCAAGAAAUCCAUGAGGAAAAAAAAACAUACACAAGGAUUCGUGCUGUCCAUAAACAGAAAGAAAUGGCAAAGAAAUCUUGGGAAGAUUUCUUAACUCGGACAUCAAACUAUGAAGCACUGAAGAAAGCAAAAAGGCUUCAGGAAAAAUCAAUAGAGGCUUCCAAAUCAAAAUUAAAGACUCAAAAUGGAGCUUUCCAUUCUACGGAUAUUAAAGGCCUGGGCACAACAGUUGGAUCUGGUCGCUUAGUAACAGUUGAAAGUACACCUUAUCAUUUAGUUGAAGGACCACUGGCUGCUACAGACCUCCCUCCUAAAAAGAUAUCGUUUUCUGAAGGAACCUUAAAAAAGAACAAAAAGAGUUAACACGUUGGACUCAGCCAAGAAAGAUUAUGUACUUGUAGGGUAAAUAGUGUUCUGAGCAGGGCUUUUAAUAUUUGAGUUAACUGCAUAUGUAUUUUAGGUACAGAUGAAACAUGUCGUAUAGUUUUGAUAAAUGGCAUAGAACAUCUUGAGAGUAAAAUGAUAUUUUUUAUAUUUAUAACUAAUGCAAACAUGGGGAUGACAUACUAAUAAAAUAUCCUAUAUAGCGUAGUACAAAGGCAUGCUGAGUCUGAAGAUUUUGUCUGUUAGUGUCAGGUUGCCCUGAUCCACUGUCAGCAGUUCGACUGUUUGGAUUUCCAUCUUCUGUUGACGCACACAACGCACUGCAGUUUAAGUAUCUCUUUCUUUGAGCAGGGUGAUGAACCUUCACGUAAAUAUACCCAGCGUUUCAUUUUCCUAGAUGACGGAUCCACACUGGAUAAAGUACCCACACGGUGUUUGUUCCAGCCCAUUUUGUUUCCUGAAUUACUGUCUUUAGCACUGGGACUUCAGCUUAAGGCUCACUAACAGGCAUAUCUGUGCCAAUGGUUUCUCUAGGUCUGUUAGGGAGACUAGCUGAAAUGUUCUGUGGUUUGUGGAUUUCUCACCAUUCUUUAAUUGGUCAUUCAACUCUAUUUAUUUCAUGGUUUUUAUUACCCAUGUUCCCUCCAAUAAGAGAUCUAUCUGUUUCACCACA